ACAUAAUUACUACAAGAAAUACAUCAAACCAUGGUUAACUGAAAGAAUAUUUGCAUCCAAAGACCACCCCAGAAAACUCAUGUAGCAAGUCUCAGUGCUACAUUUUCAGGUUAUUGAUGCAAAUACUGUCAUUCAAAUGUGGAGUCCAUCCUCUCUGUCAUGAUGUUUGGACGACUGUAUGAUAGGGUAUGCGAAAGUGAGAACAUCAUAAAAAUUAAUGUUGGUGGCUUAAGAUGUAUUGUGGGCCAAAAAGUCAUUUCAAAAUUCCCUUAUACGAGGCUUGGGAAACUAAUAGUGUGUGAAUCUGAAGAGGCCAUUCUAGAGCUUUGUGAUGAUUUUGACACAGCUAAAAGUGAGUUUUAUUUUGACAGAAACCCGCACUUAUUUAACUAUGUUCUCAACUUCUAUUACACUGGUAAGCUCCAUGUUAUGGAAGGAAUGUGAACAUCCUUCAGCCAAGAGAUUGAAUACUGGGGUAUCAGUGAGCUGUGCAUUCAUACCUGCUGCAGUUAUAAGUACCAUGAACGAAGAGCAAAUGCAUCAGAAAAUGAUUCUGAUACUCUGAGUGAAGAUACCAGCAUUGUGUCCGCACAAGAUGUCUCCAGUGCUCAUAAAGAAAUAGAACAAUUCAAUACCAUGUGGCAUGGGGAACAUAGGAAGAAACUCUGGCUUAUUCUAGAGAAUCCUGAUUACUCCAUGACUUCUAAGGUUGUCACAGUGACAUCUCUGAUUGUUAUCCUGUGUUCCAUCAUUGCAAUGUGCAUUAAUAGUCUUCCUGAAUUCCAAGAAGCCAAGCAUGAACAUCUUGGCCUUAAAGUUCUUGAAAGUUUCUGCAUUCUGUUUUUCACAAUGGAGUAUUUUUUAAGGUUUGCUUCUACUCCAAGGCCCCGAACCUUCUUCAUAAACCCAAUAAACAUUAUUGACCUUUUCUCUGUUUUGCCCUUCUAUACAACCUUGGUUGUAGAAAACAUUAGUAAAAGUAGUUCAGAUCUGGAAAACAUUGGCAGGGUGGUCCAGGUUCUUCGACUCAUGCGUAUAUUCCGUAUUCUUAAGCUAGCACGCCAUUCCAAUGGACUGAAAUCUUUGGGAGCCACUUUUAGGCAUAGUUAUGAUGAGGUUAGCCUGCUGGGAGUCUUCUUAUCUGUUGGAAUAACCAUUUUUGCGUCUCUCAUUUAUUCAGCAGAGAAAGAAGAAAAAGAGUCAGGCAUCUUCAGCAUUCCAAUUGGCUGGUGGUGGGCAACCAUCAGCAUGACAACUGUGGGCUAUGGUGACACAUACCCAGUGACGAUUACAGGAAAACUUAUUGGCAGUCUCUGCAUUAUCUUUGGCCUGCUGAUGGUGGCUCUGCCAGUUACUAUAAUAUUCAAUCGCUUUUCCAAAUACUAUCGUAGGGAAAAAGCUAUAGUUGCUGCCUUGCGGAAUCAAGAAAUUAAGAAACUCAAUGCAGGGCUGCCAAGCGUGAAUAUUAGGGAUGCUUACGCUAAAAAGAUGAGAACGAGUUCAAACCUUAGAAUGCUUUUGGAAUUUUCUGUCUAUGGAAGGCAACAUUCUUCAGAGUCUUUAUCAGCAAGUGAUACAAGAGAUGAUAAAAGAGAUGGAGAAAAGACACCACUGUAAUUAAAGUGAAUGUAACGCAUUCAGGUUAAAAUAUAUCUGACAAUUUUUAGCUGUAACCUGUAACCUCACAAGUGUUACUAAUAGAGCUGAUUAUAUUCCUUAUACCAAAUAAUGUGCAAAAGCAUACAUCCUGUGAUGACAAAUAUUAUCUUCAGACAUUGAUAGGAAACACUUCUGAACGUUAUGCAAUGCUGUAGUAGAAAGCUUUAUUAUCGUCACCUUUUCUCUGAAUUUCACUUGAUCAUUUUGUUCCUGUAUUUGUCUAUUCCCACAUAUUUUGAUUUGUUAUACUUUCUUGUCCUAUUUCCUGUACAUCUAAAGUCUUCCCUGGCAAAAAAGUAAUUUGGUAUGCCCAAAAUUAGCUGGUCAGUGAAAACAAACAAGCAAGCAAAACUUUGACAUGAUCACUAAGU